AGCUCCCGAGCCGGUGCCGGCGGCGGACACGGGCGUCCGCCAGGAAUGAACGAGGCGCCGGGCGCGCGCGGCCGGGACCCCGCCUCGCCCCCGCCCCCCCGGGCCGCGCCGCUCUCCGCGCCCGCGCCGCGCCCCCCACCGCCGCGCCCGCCCCCGGAGGCCGCCGGCUACUCCCACCAGCUGCUCCUGCUCCUGCUGCUGCUGCUGCUGCGCUGAACCCCACCCCGCGCCUCGCCAUUGUCCCCGCCGCCGCCCCGCCAGCUGCCCCGGGCCGCGCGCCGGGAGGCGGGGGGCGCGCAUGGGGGGGCGCAGCUGAUGCCGCCGCCGCCGCCGCCGCCGCGCCGCCCUCCGAGGCUGCGUCCCCGGAAGCGCGCUCCCCCUCGCCCCCCGGCCCGGCCCGGCCCCCCGGAUCGGAACGCGCCCCCAUGGAGGCGCCCGGGGUGGCCCAGGCGGACCCGGACCCGCCUUUGGAGAGCCCGGGGGAGACCUCCGACGGGGCGCCCGCGCCUGCGCCCGCGCCCGGCUCCGACGACCCCUCUCCAGAUUCGCCCGGGUACCGGCUGCAGGACUUCGAGACGCUGGCCACCGUGGGCACCGGGACCUUCGGCCGGGUUCAGCUCGUCCGGCAGAAGACGGGCAAGCACUUCUUCGCGCUCAAGGUCAUGAGCAUCCCGGACGUCAUCCGGCUGAAGCAGGAGCAACACGUGCACAAUGAGAAGUCGGUGCUCGAGGAAGUCAGCCACCCGUUCCUGGUCAAGCUGUUCUGGACCUGCCACGACGACCGCUUCCUGUACAUGCUGAUGGAGUUCGUGCCGGGCGGCGAGCUGUUCAGCUACCUGCGGAACCGUGGCCGGUUCGGCAACGCGGCCGGGCUGUUCUACGCGGCCGAGAUCGUGUGCGCCCUGGACUACCUGCACGCCGCGGGGAUCGUCUACCGCGACCUCAAACCCGAGAACAUCCUGCUGGACCGCGACGGCCACGUCAAGCUCACCGACUUCGGCUUCGCCAAGAAGCUGGUGGACAGGACAUGGACUCUCUGUGGGACCCCCGAGUACCUGGCCCCCGAAGUCAUUCAGAGCAAGGGCCACGGGCGGGCCGUGGAUUGGUGGGCGCUGGGCAUCCUCAUCUUUGAAAUGCUGUCGGGCUUCCCCCCGUUCUUCGAUGACAACCCCUUCGGCAUUUACCAGAAGAUCCUCGCCGGCAAAAUCGAUUUCCCGCGAUACUUGGACUUCAACGUCAGAGACCUCAUUAAGAAACUGCUGGUGGUGGACAGGACGCGGCGUCUGGGCAACAUGAAGAACGGCGCCGAGGACGUGAAGCGGCACCGCUGGUUCCGCCUGGUGGACUGGGACGCCGUCCCCCAGAGGAAGCUCAAGCCCCCGAUCGUGCCCAAGGUGCGGGGCGAGGGCGACACCUCCAACUUCGAGGCGUACCCCGACAGCGACUGGAGCACGGCGCCGCCCGCGUCCCCCCAGGACCUGGAGCCCUUCAAGAACUUCUGAGGCGCCGGCCUCCGGGCAGAUACGGGAAGAGUGGAGACCGCCCGGGAAAGCGCGGUCGGUCCACGCCGUCUCGAAGGGCCGCCUUCCGGAUGAGACGGGGGACUGGACCCCGGGGUCCCCCGCCCGCAUGUACCUAAGGGGGUCGGACGGCGGUGGACACGCGUGGGCCUUGCGUGUUCCUGAAGCAACUGGAAUCCUGCAGCGCCGUGGGGUCCUACGGGGUGGAUCUCUCGCUGUUUCCUCACGGACUCCACUUGAUAAGUUCGAACAGAACGUGCUUGGGCACAAGCACAGAUGGUGUGUGCGUGCACACGCGUGUGCGUGCGUGUGCGUGUGCGUGUGUGUGUGUGUGUGUAGGCGUGAAAGACUAUAGGUCAGACACCAUACGGCCACGUGCAUGCGCUCAGGACGCGGAGCCGGUGAUGUUUAGCUUUCCAAUUUCUCCCUCGGGCCCUGGCCGGUGUGGCCCAGCGGAUAGAGCGUCGGCCUGCGGACCAGAGGGUCCCGGGUUCGACUCCCGCUCGAGGGCACGGACCUCGGUGGCAGGCUCCUCCCCGGCCCGGGGCCCCGGUCGGGGGCAAGUGCAGGAGACAACCCGUCGAUGUGUCUCUCUCUCUCUCACAUCGAUGCUUCUCUCUGCCUCGCCCUCUCUCUUCCAUCCUCUCUCUAAAAAUCAAUGGAAAAAGAUCCUCGGGUGAGGAUUCAUCAAAAAAUAUAAAUAAAAAAACUUUAUUCCUCAGGAAUCUGUUGUCUUCGGAACAAAGCCCUAAAAGGAUGAUGGGUGCAUUUUUUUUUUUUUUUAAAUCACCUUCUGUGCAUUUUUAGCUCUUGGUGCAGCAAAUGUCGCUAACAUCCUACAUCCUGACAUCUGUCUGGUCAAGUGAGGUCUUGAAACCAGAAGGCAAGGCUUGCAUUUUAUUUAUUUUCAUUAAUUUUUAAUAAAAAUAUAUAUUUUUAUGGAUGUCAGAGAGGAAGGGAGAGGGAGAGAGAGAGAGAGAGAGAAACAUCCAUGAGGAGAGAGAAUCAUGGAUCGGCCGCCUCCUGCACGCCCCCGGCUGGGGAUGGAGCCCGCAACCCCGGGCGUGUGCCCUGGACCUGGGAAUCGAACCCGGGACCUCCUGGUUCCUAGGCCGACGCUCAGCCACGGAGCCACGCCACGCCGGCCGGGGGAUGCAAUGGGCAUUAUCUCGAUCGCUGCUGUUCGCCUCGGCCAGAUAUGCAAAAAAUAUUUCCAGCGAGAAGAUAACGACGCGUCCCCUUCUCGCCGUCCACGCCCAGAGGUCAGCCCCGCAGCCGACGUGUUUUUGUGUCUAGAACGUUUCGGCUCCCCCGCCGUCGAGCUGAACGGGGAAUCGAACCCGGGACCCUCCAGUCCGCAGGCUGACGCCCUACCCACUGAGCCACACCAGCCCAGGCCAGACUUUUUUUUUAUUGGUUUUUCAGAGAGAGAGGAAGGGGGAGGUGGAGGAGAGAGAGAGAGAGAGGAACGUGGAUAGGAGAGCAGGAUAUCGAUCUGAUGGACGGUUUUUACAGUGAAUCGAUGGCUGAUGCUCUCCAUUCAGUGGAUAGAGCGCCCGCCUGCGGACCAAAGGGUCGUGGGUUCGAUUCACGGACCUCCAUGGCAGGCGCCUCCCUCCCCGGCCCAGGCCCUGGUCGGGGCGCGUGCAGGAGGCAACCCAUCGACGGGUCUCUCUCUCUCUCUCUCUCACAUCGAUGUUUCUCUCUCUUCCAAGUCCCUUUUAAAAAAAAAAAAAUCAAUGGAAAAAUUUCCUUAGGUGUGAAUUAAAAAAAGAAGAAAAAAGAAAGGAAAAAGAAAGAGUCGUUUCUGACGAAUUCGUUCGUCUUGAAGGGGGGGGUGACGUCGACUUAUAAAAAAGAGAAGCCCUGGCCGGUGUGGCUCAGUGGAUAGCGCGUCGGCCUGCGGACGGAAGGGUCCCGGGUUCGAUUCCCGGUCAAGGGCACGGACCUGGGUUGUGGGCACAUCCCCAGGUGGGGGGCGUGUGCAGGAGGCGGCUGAUGGAUGUUUCUCUCUCAUCAUCGAUGUUUCUCUCUCUCCCUCUCCCUUCCUCUCUGUAAAAAAAUCAAUAAAAUAUAAUUUGAAAAAUCAGGAACAAAGAGACAUAGCACAGGAACGGACGUGUGGAGAGUGUCUUUGGACGGUCUGCUUGGUGUGAGUGUGUGUGUAUGCGUGUAGAUGGCGUGUAUGCCUGGGGACGUCUCCCUCUCCCGUGUGCUGGGCAGAUGCCCAGGUUUGCGUGUGUCUGACAGAGGAUACGGGUCCUCCGUCCACGGGAACACGCUGUCCGUGCGGUUUUGCUGCCCGGGAUCGUGUGUUCAGACCUUUCCCCGUCUUCCU